AUGCAUCCUCGGUGGCUUUGGUGUGUAUUGGCAAUGGAUCGCGUAGUCAGUAUUACGCUAGGUCGACCAUUCGCGAUACACCUAGAAGACGUGGACCUCCAACUUCCAGAUUACGGAAUCACACAACCUUUGAGCACAACAGAAGGGCAUGAGAUACGGCCAACGGGGGAGCAGUACCGAGAAGCGGUCUUCGCUCAUAUAAUCCGGUACCGUAUUCUUUGUGGCAGAAUCAUGUCAUCUCUGCACCGAGGCCGAUACACCAAUAACGAACAUUCCGCCUUGGCUGCACAAGCCGAGCUUGCCAAUGACCUGGAAGAAUGGCACGCCAAGACGAGCGCAUUACACCUUGAAAGUGGUGCCUCAGACGGGGCCAAGGUCUCCAGUUUCCUGACCGUUGAGUGGUACGAGAUGAUCUAUCACAAUGCUCUGCUCAUGUUGUACCGGCCUUCUCCAGCGCUCCCAUUGAACUCGUCCAGAGCAACCGUGGCAGUGCCAAUCAUAUAUGAGUCGGCAAAAAAGGCGAUCGGUUUCUACGCACAUCUUCAUGAAUUACAGCGCAUCAACUAUACCUGGAUUACGUUGCACGGUGUCUUCAUGGCUGGUCUUUCCUUUGUUUAUGCUGCUGGACAGCAUUUCCGCACCAAGAAGAACCAGCGUCAUGGCCAGGGAUCACCCAUGCUAAGCUCCGAUCCGUCAAUUCUGGAAAUUGUCAACAUCUGCCGCUCUUGCUCUAGUGUCUUGGUGGCGGUAUCAGAACGUGGGGAUAUCGCUCGUCAUUGCCAUCGUGUGUUCGAUCGGCUGAGCGAUGCUGUGUUAUCAGAUGCGGUCGAAUAUCACACAGCACCUCGACUUGGCGGCUUGCCGCAACCGGUCCCUCCCACCCCUCCUGCGUUGUGCAACAGUGUCCCUCCAAAUAUCGCCGCCUCAAAUUACACAAUUGAUACAUUGCCAUCCGAGGGCUGGUCUUUCCAGGAUCCAAUGCUAUCGUCUCUGCUUGCGGUCGAUGAUGUUUUUCGGGAUUGUUUUGACGAUCUACAGCAUUUCCACGAGUCUGCGUUCGGUGAAGACCCCAUUGGUCAACUUUCACAAGAUUGGUUAGGGCAGAUCGGUGGUUCGCAACUACCUGAAACCGACACAUGA